CUUCGUCUUUCAUUCGAUUCUUCCGUGCAAGCUUUACAUUCGUUUCCCAUAUAUUCGGUGCCGGGCACAAUUCCUUCUCUUCGAUCAAAGCAAUUACUGUCUCAUCCAAGAUGAAGUCUACACUCGCUAUCUCCACCCUCAUCGCCGGUGCUCUCGCCGGUGCUAUCCCUGGUGAUGUCCACACCGACAUUCACCGUCGCAACGCCGCUCCCGUCUGCGCCUUUGAGGCUCAGGGCCUCGCCUUCGAUGACUCCAACGCCUGGAACACCACCCCCGCCAAGCGCGACCUAAACGUGAAGACCUGGAACCCUCCUUCCAACCUCAAGAAGGGUCUCGAUGCCGUCUGGAAGCACCAGGUCGACACCUACUCCAACGCUCUUGGCUUCAAGAACUACGGUUAUGAUCAGCUCAUCGCCGGCAAGGGCAAGAUCAACUACUGUGUCCGCUGGGAGGGUGACGCCAAGGUCACUGCCGCUCAGCGCGCCAAGGUCCAGGCUGCGCUCAAGAAGCAGUACAACAAGUGGAUCAGCGUGCUUGCUGGAUUUGACGGCUUCCCCUACAAGACGGUCGAUGUCAACGUUGUUGGCUGGGCCGUCAAGAACAAGAGCCAGCUCGAGGGCGAUGUCAGCGGUAUCACCGUCUACACCGACAAGGACUCCGAGGGCGUCCCUCAGUGCGCUGAGAGCUGCGGAAGGUUCUUCCACCAGGACAACAACUACGCCGCCUGCAAGGCUGGUGCCGCUAAGCACUACGACCACUCUCUCUGGCUGACUCCCGGUAUGCAGGGUGGCGCUGGCGGUGACUGGGGCCAGCGUGUCGGCCAGGAAUACUUCAUGCAGAACGUCGAUGCGGAGAACAUCCACAUCUACCUCCACGAGGUUGGCCACACCUACGCGCUCGACGACUUCUAUGACUGGACCCCGGAGGGUGUUACCAACUUCGUCAUGUUGGCGGGCAGCGCGAUGGAGAUCACCGAGUUCGAUGCCUGGAUGGCUCGUGACUGGUGGAGGCACCUCAAGUCCAGGUACAGCUUGUAAGCGUAGUACGCUCACAGUUGGUAUCUGUGCCCCUCUGCAUGAGAUGUUGGCAGAGGCGGUGUGGCGAAAAGGUGUGCAGGGCUGUAUUUGCUUUGCUUCUUGUCAAUAUUACCCCUUACAUACAGCUUUACA